AUGGCUGAAGACCCUUAUAUCAAACUCCAGAACCUGAGAGAUGAAAAUGCAAACUUGUCCCGGGUAGUGGAAGAACUCAGGGAGCACAAAGCUGCAAAAGAAAAUCUAGAACACAAAAAGGAAGUAAAAAUCGAAGAUGUUUCAAUUACAAAAGCAAAAAUGGAAUAUGAAAGGCUUCUUAAUGAAGUGCCUCAAAUUAGGGCUGAUUAUUCCAAAAUGAUGGCAGAUAAAUUGAAAUUAAGCCAAGAUAUCGAAAACUUGAACGUUAAGUACAAUAAAGAAUUGGUUCCUACUUAUAAAACUGAAUCAGAACUCACAUUAAAAUAUUAUUCAUCAAUUGUUACUAAAUUAGAAGAACUUCAAGUGGAUGGAUUGGAUGAAUUAAAGAAACUUAUUUCUGCUGUACAAAUUAUGCGUGAUGCAGUCGGAGGUCUACAAGAUGAAUAUGAUAAAAUCAAUCAAUUCAUACAAAUCAACGAAAAUCAUCCGCCGUUAGAGAUAAAUCCGAUUCAAGUUGCAUCGGAACAGGUGAAAGAUACUCCUUUAACGCCAGGAUCUUAUCGUAGACAUGUUAGCUUUAAGAAAUAA